UCCCUUGCUGUCAGGCACAACAUGGCGCCAAAAAAGAAAUCUUCGAAGUCAAAGUCUGGAAGUUCAUUUAAAGUUGCAAACAAGAAACUCAACAAGUAUGCUAAACAAGGUAAACUAAGAAAAUUGAGAGAAAAGCAGAAGAAAAAGGAGCUGAAGCAGAAACGUAACCACCAAAUUGUGGAUGCCGCUCCGACAGUUAAUGAAAACGAGAACAUAAGAGAAGAAGAAACUCCCCUACAAGAAGAGGACUUUAGUUAUUUUGGUUCUAAUGUUGAUGGAAGCAGCUUCAUUACCAGCGUCAUUAAGAGGGAGCAAAGAAAGCGUCAUCGAAAUGGAAAUGACGAUGGCGAAGCACACUUUGAGAAAGUGCCACGAAAGUGGCUAGCAGGAGAUGCGGAAGAAGAAAAGCUGCUGUUGCCUAUUAAAGUGGAAGGGAAAGUUAUUCCACAAGUGAUGAAACUGAAUGACUUCACAGAUAAGAAGGAUAAUGGCAGUGUAAAACAAAUAGAAGAAACAGGUGAUAAAGAAGCCAUGGAUGUAGAAAAGAAGCCUGCCGUGCUGCCACCAUUGCUGACCAGUGCAGAAAUCUUUGCCAUACGAAGAAAAAAGCUUGCUGAGCGAAAAGAGAAAAUUGCAGAGCUUGCCAGUGCUGUCGUGCAAAAUCCUGAAGAGUCUAUGGGGAAAUUGAAGGAGUUGAGAAGCAUGCUUGGUGAAGCAGAUCCAGAUGUCUGCUUGACAGUUCGCAAGCUGGUCAUGGUCUCCAUCUGUGAGGUUUUUAAAGAUAUCAUUCCUGGCUAUCGUUUGCGCAUGCCAAGUGCCAAGGAGAAAGAGCAGAGGAUGAAGCAAGAAACCAAAAAACUAAUGGACUUUGAAGCUGCACUCCUGCUGAGCUAUAAAACCUAUCUGGAAUUUUUGGAGAUCACAGCAAAAAGAAAAACAUUUGGAAAUUCAUACAGAACUAAAAGGCUUGGCUUUGUAGAUAUAUCUCUACCUCAGAACAGUCUUCAGGAUUUGAGUGAAGUGGCUGUGCGGUGCUUAUGUGAACUACUGGUAACCCAUCCACAUUACUCCGAUGUGGUGUGUAAUGUAGUUAAACAGAUUUUCCGAACAGACAGAGGUGAUGUUAGUCUUGAGAUUGUGAGGGCGAUUACUAAGAUGGUAAAAAAUGUGGGAACAGAUGUGCAGCCAAAGGUGCUUGAAACAUUUAUGGCCCUUAAAAUCAAAGAAGUGAACACUGAGGCAACUGAUGGAAAAAAGAAGAUGCAGCGAAAAGAAAGGUUUCAAAAAUUUUCCAGGAGAGAAAGAAAGCAUCUGAAACAAAAAGAAGAUCUAGAAAAGGAGUUACAGGAGACACGAGCAUCAGAGGAUAGACAGAAACGUCUGCAAAUGAACACAGAAAUAGUGCAGAUGGUUUUCCUUACAUUCUUUCGAAUCUUGAAACAAGAUAUAAAGUCAUCCCUUCUGCCUGUUGUAUUGGAAGGUCUGGCAAAGUUUUCCCACCUAAUCAACAUAGAGUUCUUCCAUGAUUUGUUUGUGGUGUUUAACCAGCUGAUAGACUCAGGGGAACUGACACACAGGGAGAUAUUGCACUGCAUACAAACAGCAUUCACCAUUCUCAGUGGCCAGGGAGCUGCCCUCAACAUUGACCCUACGUGUUUCUAUACAAACAUGUAUCAAGUCUUACUUCACAUACAUGCAGGCAGUUCACCAGAUGAUGCUGGUCUUGUUUUAGCCUGUGUGGAUGUGAUGAUCACGCGACGUAAGAAACAGAUGAACCAGCAACGUGUUUUAGCCUACAUCAAGCGCCUGACUACCAUGUGUCUUCAGCACUUACCUGAAGCUGUGUGUGGCUUCCUGGCAGGUACCAGAUGUCUCGUUUCGAUGUUUCCUUAUGCGGAGGUGCUAUAUGACCAAGAGGCAGAGAGUAGUGGAGUGUAUAUGCCUUAUUUGCCUCAACCAGAACACUGCAAUGCAAACAGUACUGCUCUGUGGGAGUUGUAUGCAUUGAGGAAACACUUCCAUCCUGAAGUUCGAAAGUUUGCAAAUUCAGUGUUGUGUGCAUACUCUGCCUCAGGCAGAGGACAUGUGUCAGCUGACCUCACCAAAAAAACACCAUCAGAAGUGUUUUCAUUCUUCCUGAAAAAAGAAUUAUUUGACCCUAAUCUACCAGCAAAGCCAAGCAACAAGACAAAGAAAAUUGUCAGCGAUUUCAGAAAUGAAGACUUCAAACAAUACCUGUCUAAACACCUGGGGCAGUAAGCAAGUUCCCUCAUAGGCUCAAUUUUAUUGUUUAGUUUCGUUCCCAAAGAUGAUAUUAGAUGCUGCAUCUUUGCGU